AAGUUAGAUAGCAAAAUGACCGACUGGAAAACGGGAUUCUUGUGUUUGAUGACACGGCCAUGGGAGCCGCUGUUCUACCCGAAAUACAACGGGAAAACCUUUAUGGAUCUCCCGAAAGAUUACUACAAGGAUCGUUAUCGUUCGGUUGCCGGGGCGAUUGCUCAAAAGUUUGGAUCGACCGCAAGUCAGCAUAUUCUGGUGAAGCAGAUAGACCUACCGGAUCUUAGCUAUGCUGAAAUGAUUCCCCGGCAAGGAAGUUACAACUUUUUCAGUAACAGCCAACGGCAUAUUGCCGGUAGACUUGUGGGAGAUUUUCUGAAGCAACCGGACCCGGAAUCACUCCUUUCGCUAGCGGCUUACGCGAGAGAUCGUCUCAAUCCCACUCUCUUCCAGUACGCUCUGGCCACGGUGCUAUUACAUCGGAAGGACACUGCCGAUGUUCCGGUUCCAUCUUUACUGGAAAUGUUCCCCAAACGCUUCGUUGAUCCGAAACUAUUUCCCUCGCUGCGAGAGGAAGGGUUCGUGGUAGAUUUGCCGCAGCGAGUGGCCAUGGAAAUUCCACUGAACUUCACGGCAUCGGAAGCGGAAAUCGAACAGCGGCUUUCCUACUUCCGGGAAGACAUCGGAGUCAAUCUGCACCAUUGGCACUGGCAUUUGAUUUAUCCCAUGGAUGGUCCGCUGGAGGUCGUCAAUAAGGACAGACGCGGGGAACUGUUCUAUUACAUGCAUCGGCAAAUCAUGGCCAGGUACAAUGUGGAACGGUUCUGUAAUCUGCUGCCGGCAGCCGUUCCGCUUAACAAUUUGCGCGCGCCAAUUGCCGAAGCGUAUUUCCCAAAAAUUUUGAACAGUGCCCUGAACGUAAGCUAUUCUGCACGCCCUAAGGAUUCGGUUUUGAGCCACGUGAAUCGACCAGCAGACGACGCCGUGGGAACCAUUUUGGAGAUUGAAAACUGGACCGGUCGGUGGAUGGAAGCUGUCAACUCGGGAAGUGUUCUAGCUGCCAACGGUCAACGCAUUCCUUUGACGGAAACCGAGGGAAUCGACGUGCUGGGAAACAUCAUGGAAAAUACCAUCCUAUCCGUUAACAUCCCCUAUUAUGGAAACAUUCAUUCGAUGAUGCACAUCAUGAUCGGUUACAUUCACGAUCCGGAAAGUGUCUAUUUGGAAGGACCCGGGGCGAUUGGCGAUGUGGCAACGGCCAUGCGUGAUCCCAUAUUUUAUCGACUUCAUGGACACGUGGAUGAACUGUUCGAAGCGUAUAAGCGGAAAUUGGCACCUUAUAAGAAGCAACAGCUAGGGUUCCCUGGUAUCACGGUGAAGGAUGUUUCGGUUCAAGUCACGAGCGGCAAAGCAGCCACCAAUCGGUUGCUAACAUUUUGGCAACGGUCUCAGGUCGAUUUGGCCGUCGGAUUGGAUUUCGGGCCCGAGGGAAAUGUUUUGGCUACUUUUACUCAUCUACAGCACGCCCCGUUUGUCUAUCGAAUUACCGCUAUUAAUGACUCACAGAAACCCAAACGUGGAACCGUUCGCAUUUUCCUGGCACCGAUUUACUAUCCGUUUGGUAAACCGAUUCCGUUCGACCAGCAGCGCCGUUAUGCCAUCGAAUUGGAUAAGUUUGUCGUUGAUUUGACACCCGGAGCCAACAACAUAGUCCGGAGGUCAGAUCAAUCCAGCGUAACGAUUCCGUUUGAGCGAAGUUUCCGGCGCCAGGACAUCUCGGUGAUGCCUAAUGCGGAAAAUUAUCGCUUCUGCAACUGUGGUUGGCCUGAUCAUCUGCUGUUGCCUAAAGGAUCUCCAGAAGGACUACCGUACGAUCUGUUUGUCAUGAUUUCCGACUACAAGGGUGAUUCCAUCAAUCAGGAAUUCGAUGAGCAUGUCAACUGCAACGAUUCUCAUUCAUACUGUGGCUUGCGGGAUCAGCGUUAUCCGGAUCGCCGAAAUAUGGGAUAUCCUUUCGAUAGAACCGUUCCGAAGGAAGUGUCUCAUAUGGAGGACUUCGUGAGGCCAUUUUCAAACAUGAACAGAACGGUGGUGGAAAUUCGGUUUACCAACACAAUUAUAACUCACUCUUGAUCCUCGUGAUCGUCCUGAAUCUACUAAGUCGUGGUCACACAAUAAAUUUU